GCCGUUAGCAGUUGGCCACUUGAAAGUUCUGUGUUUGGGCACCACCAGGCUACUCAAACGGUAACAAGCAGCAUACGACGAAAAGGGCGCUGGAGCGGAUUUUAAAGACUUGGCUACCGUAUGAGGAAAAAAGCUCAUUCUUUCGGGCUGAGUCACGGCCCCGAGUGGCGCACAGUCGAGAUCUCUGCAAUGCGACGUAUUUCGGUCUCAUAUAUCCUCUUCCUCGCAUAGAAGAAGCAUACCAAGAGAUAUUGCUUGAAGUAGCAAUAGCAUAUGCAGAAUUCGGACAGCAGAUUGCUUUAUAGUGUUGCACGCUUUUUGGACUUCAUAAUCACUUAAAAAUUGGUAUCCGGAAAACGCGCCACGAUGUCAGAAAAGGAUACAGGGCCGAGUACCCCGACCAAACCAGCCGAACCGCAGGACAGCGGGGGACGUCGUCCCGAAAGCCAAAGGAUUCGAUGCCAUGUCAAUUUUAUGGACUUUUGGGAAAUGUCUCACCGCCUUAUUGCCCGUUUACUUUGCUGGGUAUUAUCGAGUGAGCACCAGUCUGGUGGUGUUCGGACUUAUGGUGUACUCAGGAUGGAAACAUACUCGGGAAUCAAAAGAAGCACGACUGAAGUCUGCCAUCCGUUUACUGAGUCCGGACCAAGAGUGUUCACCUAGCAGUAUUUCUAAAAGUAAAAGAGACCUUCCCGCAUGGGUCAAUUUCCCAGAUGUGGAGAAGGUUGAAUGGCUGAAUAAGGUUAUUCAGCAAGCGUGGCCAUAUAUUGGUCAGUAUUUAGAAAAGCUGCUGACAGAGACAAUUGCUCCAUCCAUCCGAGCUUCUAGCGCCCACCUGCAAACCCUUGCCUUCACCAAGAUCGACUUUGGGGACAAGGCAAUGAAGGUAGUAGGAGUGAAGGCUCACACAGAGAAUGACAAAGGACAGGUCCUGUUGGAUGUUUACAUUAGCUAUGUGGGAAACGUGGAGAUAAACGUGGAGGUAAAGCGGUAUUUCUGUAAAGCUGGAGUGAAGGGGAUACAGCUCCAGGGAAUGAUGAGGGUGAUUCUGGAGCCUUUGAUCGGGGAUGUGCCCAUCGUGGGAGCCGUCACCAUGUUUUUUAUCCGAAGGCCUAAACUGGACAUUAAUUGGACUGGCCUAACCAACCUUCUGGACAUCCCAGGACUCAAUGUGAUGUCAGACUCUAUGAUAAUGGAUGCCAUUGCCUCUUUCUUGGUGCUUCCAAAUCGCCUCACUGUUCCACUGGUGCCAGAUCUGCCAGUGGCACAACUCCGCAGCCCCUUGCCUAGGGGUGUGGUGCGCAUUCACCUGAUAGAAGCUGACGAACUGGCUGCUAAGGAUAACUAUGUGAAGGGUGUAAUGGCAGGCCUAUCUGACCCUUAUGCUUUGAUCAGGGUGGGACCACAGACUUUCAAGUCCCAUCACAAGGACAACACAGCAAGCCCAAAAUGGGGAGAAAUGUAUGAGGUCAUCAUUCAUGAGGUGCCUGGUCAGGAGUUGGAGGUGGAAGUCUAUGACAAAGACCCAGACAAGGAUGACUUCCUGGGCAGGACUAAAAUGGAUUUGGGCAUCGUGAGGAAGUGUAAGGUUGUUGAUGAGUGGCUCACUCUGAAGAAUACUGAGACAGGGCGGGUUCACCUCAGGCUAGAAUGGCUAGCAUUGCAGGAGAGUGCAGAGAAACUGGAACAGGUUCUGAAAAGAAAUGAAACCGUGUUCAGUAAAACAGCAGAUCCCCCCUCAGCAGCUAUCUUGGCAGUGUAUUUGGACAAGGCUGAAGCUCUUCCUAUGAAGAAAGGCAAUAAGGAACCCAGUCCAAUGGUGCAGCUUUCUGUGCAGGACAAAACUCGGGAAAGCCGAACAAGCUGGAACACAAUUAAUCCUGUGUGGGAAGAUGCCUUCACCUUCUUCAUCCAGGAUCCCCACAAGCAGGACAUUGAUAUCCAGGUGAAAGAUAAUGACCGCGUGCAGACCUUGGGCAGUCUGUCCAUCCCUCUGUCCCGUCUCCUGGAAUGUCCUCAACUCUCUCUCGACCACUGGUUUCAGCUGAAGCAGUCUGGCCCAGCCAGUCGCAUGCACGUCAACACUGUGCUCAGGGUACUUUGGAUGGAUGAAGACGCUGUAGCUUCCUCCAUGGAGGCCCAGAAAGGCGCUCAACAAGCCCUACACACCAGCCCUGACCCAAGCUUUGCCACUGAGGGGGUGCUGCGUAUCCACCUGUUGGAGGCUCAGAAUCUGGUUCCCAAGGAUAAUUUGAUGGGGGGCAUGGUGAAGGGGAAGAGUGACCCCUACGUCACCAUCAAUGUUGGGGGGACCACCUUUAAAAGUCAUGUGAUCAAGGAGAACCUCAACCCCACCUGGAAUGAAAUGUAUGAGGUGGUUUUAACUGAUCUUCCUGGUCAAGACAUAUCACUGGAGGUACUGGAUAAAGACAUGGACAUGAAAGAUGAUUUCAUGGGCAGACUCAAAAUCAACCUGAAUGAUAUUAUCAAGUCCCAACACACUGAUAUGUGGUUCACUCUAAAUGGCGUGAAGCAUGGCCGUAUCCACCUGGGUCUAGAGUGGUUACCCACUGAAACACAGCCCGAAAAACUGCAGCAGGUGCUGCAUUAUCAGUCUAAGAGCGCGUACCUGAACAAGGCCAUUCCGGCGGCAGCGUUGCUCUUUGUGUACCUGGAGGCCGCCCGUGAUCUCCCUUUUAAGAAGAGUGGGAAGGAGCCUAAAGUUGGUGCUGAGCUACUUCUGGGAGGGACCGGUUACAAAACCACGGUCUGUGAACGCACAAGCUCACCACAGUGGAAUGAGGCAUUUCACUUCCUGGUUCUUGAUCCCAGAAAGGAAGAACUUAUGGUGAAGUUGUCCCACUGCUGGGAUUUUUCCCUUGGUUAUGUGGUGAUUCCCAUGAAAGAGCUUCUCUCACAGCCAGACCUGCUGCUGGACCAGUGGCUGAGUUUAGAUGGAGCUUCACCUCAGAGUCAGAUCCUACUGAGAGCACAGCUUAAGGUCCUAUGCCCCAAAGUGACAGAGAGUCCCAAAGAGUACACAGAGAUGCCUGCUUUACCGAAGACCCCUGUCAAAGAGACCAAACCAGAGAAGGAGUCUGUUCAAAAGUCUACUGAAACAGCAGUUCCAGUCACUAUCACCUCCUCUGUAACUGCUCCUGAGAAGAAAGAGAGUGAGAUACCGUCCAAAGCUCCAGAUGUGCCCAGUUUAGUUGACCUUAGACCCCUAAACACCAGCCCAGAUCCCAACUUUGGCACAGAGGGGGUGCUACGUAUUCACCUGCUUGAGGCUCAGGAUUUGGUUCCCAAGGACAACUUGAUGGGGGGCAUGGUGAAGGGGAAGAGUGAUCCCUAUGUGAAGAUCAGCAUUGGGGGGACAUCCUUUAAGAGUCAUGUGAUCAAGGAGAACCUCAACCCCACUUGGAACGAGAUGUAUGAGCUGGUUUUGGUUUCUGCAUCAGCUUCAGAAGUCCUCGUAGAGGUCUAUGAUAAGGACAUUGACAAAGAUGACUUUCUGGGGAGACUUCAUAUCAGUUUGAGUGAAAUCAUUCAGGCUCAAUAUACAGACCAGUGGUUCACUUUGAAUAAUGUCAAACAUGGCCGUCUUCAUCUGGUUCUGGAGUGGUUGACCAAAUCAACACAGGCUGAUAAACUACAACAGGCACUGCAGACACAGUCCAUUAAUUCCUACCAGAACAAAGCUUCUCCCGCUGCUGCUCUGCUGUUCCUCUUGGUUGAGAGAGCACAUGCAUUGCCAAUGGUGAAGGGUGGGAAGGAGCCCAAGGCAGGAGCAGAGCUUGUGCUUGGGGAUACCUCCUACAAAACCAAAGUGUGUGAUCGCUCUACUUCUCCUGAGUGGCAUGAGGCUUUCCACUUCCUUCUUCAUGAUCCCAGAGAAGAUACCCUUAUCAUCAAGCUCUUCAGUGGGUGGGAUCAGGCACUGGGUUCUGUGGUUCUACCAAUCAGAGAGCUUCUCUCAAAGCCAGACCUGUUGAUGGACCAGUGGCAAACUCUGGAUGGAGCUUUACCUGAGAGCCAGAUCCUAUUGAGGGCAAACCUGAAGAUUUUGGUCUCAAAAAUGGACAGGAAAAUUGAAAAGCCUACUGAAAAGCAUGCCGAACAGUCUUUGGAAAAGCCUGCUGAAGAAAUUAUGGAAAGACCUUCUGAAAAGCCUAUGGAAAAGCCUGCUGUAGACACUUUCGUGGGUGGCAGAAGUGAAGGGAGAGCACCAGCCAAUGUUGAGCAGCUCAAACAAGAGGUGAAGCCUACUCCAAGGCUUGAUGAACUAAUCGCAUCUACUGUACCAGGAGGCGUUUCAAUUUCUGAAGAAACACACAGAGUACCAGUAACAGAUGUGAAUCGUGACUCAAGCCUUGAGGAUCUUAGUAAAGAACCACAUUCUGUGCCCAUUGUGGGAGGGGCUAGUAAGGUGAUGGAGCCAAUCAAAACAACCAAAUCAGCAGCCGACAAUGAGCAACAUCACUUGAACCCACCCGAUGAGCAUUCUGAAAAGGGUCAGCCUAAAGUUCCUGCCUCACAACCUGUUGCUGAGAAAAAGACAGAGGUUGCCAACUCUGCAUACUUUCUACCCCAACACACAAGCCCUGACCCUAGCUUUGGCACACAUGGGGUGCUGCGUGUCCACCUUCUGGAGGCUCAAAAUUUGGUUGCCAUGGACAGUUUGAUGGGGGGCAUGGUGAAGGGGAAGAGUGACCCCUAUGUGAAGAUCAGCAUUGGGGGAACCACCUUUAAAAGUCAUGUGAUCAAGGAGAACCUCAACCCCACCUGGAACGAGAUGUAUGAGAUGAUUCUGAGUCCUGACCCCAAUCUAGAAGUGAAGUUUGAACUCUAUGAUAAAGAUAUUGACUCCGAUGACUUCUUGGGAAGGCUCAAGGUUAAACUUGGAGAAAUCAUUAGUUCUCAGUACAAAGAUGAGUGGCUCGCACUAAAUGAUGUGAAACAUGGCCGUCUUCAUCUUGUUCUCGAGUGGCUGCCUACAGUAACCCAAAAUGACAAACUGCAACAGGUUUUGCAGAUGCAAAGUGCUCAGUCCUAUCAGAACAAGGCUUCACCCUCUGCUUCCCUGUUAUCCAUCUUUAUCGACAGAGCGCAUGCACUACCUUUGAAGAAGAGUGGAAAGGAACCUAAAGCAGGAGCUGAACUUGUGCUUGGAGAAUCCUCCUACAAAACUAAAAUGUGUGACCGAUCCACCUCUCCUCAGUGGCGUGAAGUAUUUAACUUCCUGGUUCAUGACCCCAGGAAAGAUAUCCUUGUUAUUAAGUUAUCAAGUGGGUGGGAUCAGCCAGUGGGUUCUCUGGUUCUACCAAUGAGAGAUUUGCUCUCGCAACCAGACCUGCUGCUGGACCAGUGGUGGAGUUUGGAUGGAGCUUCACCUGAGAGUCAGAUCCUACUAAGAGCACAGCUUAAGGUCUUGAACUCGAAGAUGGCUGCGCUCAUGGCACUGGGCACUGGCCCGAUCUUGAGCAACAAACAAGUGGCCACCACUGGUCAGAUCAGGAUCUCUCUGUCCCACCAGAAGAAACUCAUCGUUGCCAUCUAUGCCUGCAGAGGUCUGGUUACAUCAUCCAAAGAAGGUUUAGACACCUACGUCUCGUUCAUUCUACUGCCAGAUAAAAGCAAAAUCACAAAGAGAAAGACAGCUGUGAAAAAGAAGGACCUCAAUCCAGAGUUUAAUGAGAGGUUUGAGUUCGACAUGAGCGUGGAGGAUGCUCGCCAGCGUGUGCUGAGUGUGUGUGUGAAGCACAGUUCAUCCUUUAUGAGUCGAGACAAAGAUGUCAUUGGUCAGGUGCAAAUAGAUCUGGCACAAGUGGACUUCCUCUCUGGGGUCACAGAAUGGUUUGACUUGAAAGAAGACAACAACUAGCAGAACAAAGGCAGCCCUUAACUGCGAUCAGCCAUUUGUCACACAGAUGAAACUUCUCACACACCGAUGCCUACAUUUACUCUUAUUUCUGAGUCUCCCUUGCUUUCUGUAGUCGAGGCCUCUUGGGCAGUAUGAAUCAAUGGAUGUAUGGCUGGUACUAGAUCUAAAUCAAUUCAAAAAUUGCGACUAGCCACUUUAUUUAUCUAAGUACUGACUGUACUCGCAUUUGCAAUGAUGAAUGUUGUGGAAGAGGAAUAUUCUUUAAUGUAGGUGCAUGUGCAGUGAGCUACAGGAGUUUCAAUUAAUUACUUUUGUCAUGGUUCUCUACAUCAGCUGGUUGGAUUCUAAAAGAUAUAUUGAGCAAAUGACAAUAAGGUUAACUUGAAGACCACUAAGCAUAAUUUAAAAGUACUUUCCUGGUUUUCAACUAUGGUCAUAUGGCCAGCAUAUUGUAAAACCUCACAGUAGCAAACAUUUUAUACACCUUCUUCCCAAUUACAGCACCAGACAGACAGUUGCAUUUAAAAAAAAACAAAAAACAAAACCUUUUUUGUUUGUUGGUAAAAUACUUUUGGAGCCCACUGUAUUUGUGAAGAAUAUAAAGCAAUAGAAGAAUCUGCCAGAAACAUGCAACAGACCAUUUAUCAGUGUAGACCAUGACAUAGGUUUUAAACAAUACUUUGUAAAGAUUUACCCAAACCCUGGUGGGUACUGGAGAGCCCAUAGCCAUGUGAGGAAUAGAGUAUGCUUGAUGAAGAUACAGAGGGGAAGUGAUUUGAAUUCUAGUUCCAUUAGGUGGUCAAAUAGCAUUUACAUGCUGCUUUACAUCUUGUAGCAUUUAUAAUAAAUCAAGCUUGCAUUUGCACAUCCAAGUAAAGCUACAAAUUGUACCCAGCCAAUCAUUAUUAUGACUAUGUAUUAUGGUAUUAUAGUAGCUAACCACCAAACUUACAUGGAUUGUGACGUACCAAAGAUUAGCAUGUUUUUUUUUUUUCUUUCAUUAAACACCACUUAGGAUUGAUAUGACUGAAAAUAUUUACCAGCUAGGAAUUGCCACUGUAAAAUUACUGUUUCACUGUAACACUGACCAAGUCUAAGCAUAAUCUGAGUCUGGGAAACCCCUCCAAUACUGUACCUCCCGGUGGAAAUAUUACAAGAUUGUUAUUUGUAAUUAGAUGCCACAGUUCCUUCCCUGGUUGUGCACAAACAUACAACUAAACACUGGGUACCUGGUUUUCAAAAGCCUUAGUGUUAAGAUUAUCUGAAGGCCUGGAUGCAUGUUGGAUAUAAUUUACAGGUGACAAGCAUCCAGAAGCAUCUCUCCACUUUACCAAAUGUCUGUUGAAUGCCUUUUUAGGUGUGAUAUUUUAACUCUUACUUUACAGCAAAUGGUAUCAUCUGAGAAAACUUAGCAUGGUGUAUAAAUGCCUUUAACAAUGGUCCAUAUGACAAGUAUGCUACUUCUUUAUGCUUACAAUCAUACCGCAGUGGCCUUACAUUUCUUUUUUUUGCUGUUCUACAUGUUUUAUUUUGUACUUUGUUUAGGAAUUUAUAAUGCUUUAUCAUCUUCAUUCCAUUUGUUAAAUGUUAAAAUUGAAUUUCCAUAUUAGCCAUUUCUGCAUUUAAUAACGUCAUAUUCACAUGGAUUCAGUGUGUAUAUAACGAUUAUGCAAGAUAAUCAUCUGCCACAAGAGUCAGCAGCACUAAGGAAUGUUAGAAGCAGUUUCCUUUUUUUUUUUGCAAAAUGUUUUUGAUUUUUAACAGGAUAUGGCAAAGCAAUGCAUUUAUAAAGACUCUACUGUUUCUUUUAAACCUAUACAAUCAUUUUAUUAUAUAUACACACACGUUUUCAAGCUGCAGUCAUGUACAUAAAAAAGCAAUUCACCAAAGAAUCAAACACAGGCUUUAUACUGUAUUUCACUGUUCAGUUUGCCAUUUUCAGUCAUAUUCAAUGUGCUCUGGAAAAGCAUUACACUCUGCCUUAAAUAUUAUCACAUUACAAUGACAGUAAAGCAUAUUGAAUUCA